GCUCGAUGUUGUAACAGUAGAAAGACACUACAGGCCAUGAUGAGCCAUGACUAUCAAUAUCUCAACUGUCAUCAUGGCUUGCUACAAGGGCAACCAAGGUUUCUACUGCAAUGCAUAAUGACGUGCAUACUUCCCAAAGUGUGCCCAGGUCUACGGGCAUCCUUCCGGACGGAAGCGCUUCCUGUCAUGACCCGAAGUCCGUGUCGAGUACGCGUAGGAGCAGUUACUAGCGGUUGCUGUGAACCAUGGCCGCCCUUGUGGUUUUGCUACUCCGGCGCUGCGCUCCUUUUUGACAGCAGGCCAACUUGAGCUACGUUCUGCUGCCUCUUUAGCAUUCGUUUCGUCGGCAUCGCUACGAUGAAGAGAGCUCUUGGUUUCCUCAGCUCGAAGGCUGGCGUCGGCGCCAGUAAGUCAUUGACGGCUCUAGACGAGCCGCAAGCAUUGCAGGAUGCAAUGGGCGCUGCCGCCCAUAUCAUGAACGAUGAGGUAGAGCUGGCUGAGGCGGAGCUCAGCAAGGGUACAUCACCCUUCCACAAGCUAGGCCUUGCCACCGCACUAUUUCUGCGUGCUACGCUAGGCUUUGAGAAGGAGAUCAUGGAGCAAGCAUCGACAAAGCUAGCUGAGGCGGAGGAGGCGGCGUCGGAGCAUCAACGGCGAGCAACCAGAGAUGCGUCAACAGCCCACCAAAGCAAGAUAUACCCUGCUGGGUCAGAGUACGCACUGUGCCAUGCCGAGGCUCAGCUUAUGAGUGCCGUCGUGGGCGUCCUGAACGAGAGCUUUACUGAGAGUCUGAGGGGCUUUUACAAGCUACGGCGGGCGUUCACAACGUUGUACGAGAUUAGCGAAGCGGAGAAGAGGUAUCUCAGGGCUCAUGGGAUAGGCGGCAUUCCAUCCGCCUCUACGUCCAGCAGUGCGGCGACAAACGGCAGCGUCAGCGGUCCCAGCGAAAUGUCAUCAGCUGAAAGCUCUGGGGUCCUGACUCCAGCCUCGGUCGCUCUUGGGGAAGCGCAGCAAGACGUUGAGAAGCACGGCGUGCACGGUGGGAGCUUGCGAGAUGAGGAUGAUUUAGACGAUCUAGAUGAUGCCGAGCUGCAAAAGCUGAGCGAUCUAAGCCUCGAGGACACCAUCACAAAGAAGCUGAACGACAGGCUUCCGAACGCACAGCAGCCUCCAAGCACCACGGUGGACUCCAGCUCUUCCGCAUCCCAAGCGGAGCAUGACCUUGAUAUUCGAACUAUCACUGACGAUCCUAUCGACCUGUUCAUACAUGCUGGCACAUCACUCUGCUUCGGUCUACUCCAGCUCCUUCUUUCAAUGGUCCCACCCGCAUUCUCUAGACUGCUCUCAAUCUUCUCUUUCCGAGGAGAUCGAGAGACGGGGAUGCGCAUGCUGUGGUCAGCAACCAAGUUCAAGCACAACAUCAACGGCGCGAUGGCUGGGCUGAUCACACUGGGCUUCCAUAAUGGCGCGAUUGCUUUCUGCGACAUCCUGCGAAAUGACGCACUCCCUGAAGUGCGCUUGAGAGCACUGCUUCGCGACAUGCGACAACUUUACCCGAAGUCUAAGCUGUGGCUCUUGGAAGAAUCAAGGAUGCUCGCCAGAGACCACAAUCUACAAGGAGCUGUAGACCUGACGGGCGAGGGCGCCGAGUCGGAGUUGAAGCAGGUCAACGCCCUCCGAGUCUUCGAAAGAGCACUGAAUUGCAUGUACCUUCACAAGUACGAGGAAAGUGCGGUGCAGUUCAUCGACUGCGUCAGCAAAAAUUCUUGGUCCCAUGCGCUCUAUUACUACAUUGCCGGAUCGUGCUAUGUGGAGCUCUAUCGGCUAGCAAAGCCGGGAGCACCACAGAAAGCGGCGGAAUAUGGUGCCAAAGCAGACGAGUACUUACACAAAGUGCCCGAACAUACCGGAAAGAAGCGUCUGAUGGCGCGUCAGUUGCCAUUCGACAUCUUCGUCAGCCGCAAGAUCACGAAGUGGGAUCAUCGAGCCAAAGUUCGAAAGUGCGAUUUUGUGGAUGCGGUCGGUGUCAGUCCGGUUGAGGAGAUGGCGUACUUCUGGUCCGGCUAUGGCCGCAUGGACGAACAGCAGCUCCAGGACUCACUGAGGCGACUCGCAUGGUGUGAAGACAGAGAGCUGAAUCCACACUGGGAGCAAGAAGGUGCGGAUGAGAAGGCCGUUUUGAGCCUGCUAAGAGGGACCAUCUUGCGCUUCCUCGGUCAGACUUACGAAGCGAAAAAGGUGUUGACAGAAGGCGUGCUCUGCCACGAACUGGUCUCGAUAAAAGCUUGCGAUCAUCCGGAUACAUGGCCUUUGCCCGUUGCGCAUUACGAAAUUGCCGUAUGUGACUGGGUGGAGGCCGGAGGCCAAGACGGCGACAAGGCUACAUUGCAGCAAUGCAGCGAGCAGCUGGCCAAGGUCGAGACUUGGGAAUCGUAUGAACUCGAGACCCGCAUUGGGCUUAAGGUCAGAACAGCCCGGGAGACGCUCAGACGAUGCGGGAUUGCCAACCCCUAGAGUAGGUUGCCUAGACUGUACGCAGACGGCACCCAAGAAGGGCUUGGAGAGGUGAUACCGGCAACCAAGGCCUGAUGGUCAAUACUGCAGCUGCCGAAGCCACUGCGUGCUAAACUGGAGCGAAAGCUGUAUGAGCUUUGCGGUGCCAACAAAGUCAGUGUUGAGACGUCAGAGCUAGACCUCUGCAUGAGCUAGGAUGAAUCAUACAAGACGGCCUGCGCAACAAGCUCCUCUCAACAACCGAACCCUAUAGAUACCUCAUUGACAUAGCCGGUCUCUGGGAAGGCACAGCGCUCCCAGUAACAAUUCACAGAUCUUGGCCUUC